UUUGAUAUCAAAAAACAAAACUAACAAUGAAGUUUGGAAAGGAAUUUGGUACACAAAUGGUGCCAGAAUGGCAAGAAGCAUACAUGAACUACAACUAUCUCAAGACACUUUUAAAACAAAUCUUGUUAUUUCGACAACGGCCAAGCGUGUCGGAUAAGGUGAAGUCGACGUCGAAAGCGUCUUCUUUGAGGAGAAAAGGGUCUCUUUUUAGAGCAUUUAGUGGAUUGACUAGUCAUACAAGCAAAAAUGAUAAACAAGAUGAAGUGAUUAUGAUUAGUACAAUGCAACAACCAGAUGAAGAACAAGGCGAAGAGUAUCCGCGAUAUCAAACGAUUUUUCUCAAAUCGUUGGAGGAAGGCGGGGAGUUAGAGCUUAUUUUCUUUAGAAGACUCGAUAAUGAGUUCAAUAAAGUGGUUAACUUUUAUAGAACAAAAGUGAAGGAGGUUGUCAAGGAGGCAAAGGAGUUAGAUAUUCAAAUGGAGGCUCUCAUUGCUCUUCGAAUCAAAGUACAUCAUCGAACCGAUGCUGAUGUCACUCCCCUCACCUUUGAAACAAAUACAGGUUCAAACCCAUUGGAGGUAAUUCAAGAAUCCAAAGUAAGUGAAGAACAUCAAGUAAUAAAAUUGAAGGAUGCUAAUGAAUCCAGGAUGGCUUCUUUAGAAGUUUUGAAUCGCAUAAAGAUAAAUGCCGCACCAGAAACACCCAUAUCCACCAUGAGAAGUGUUUUCAAUAGUUUAAAUCUAGACUUAAAUUACAACAGAAAUGAACUCAAAGCUGCACAGCAAAAGUUGAAGCGGGCUUUUAUCGAGUUCCAUGAAAAGCUUCGGUUUCUAAAGAACUACAACUUCCUGAAUCAAUUUGCCUUCUCCAAGAUAAUGAAGAAGUACGAUAAGAUCACGUCAAGAAAUGCAGCAGACACGUACUUAGAGAUGGUUGAAGGAUCUUACUUGAGUCAAUCUGAUGAGGUUGCUAAGCUUAUAGCAAGAGUUGAAGCAACAUUCAUAAAGCACUUCUCGAACCAGAAUCGUGAUCAAGGAAUGAACAUCUUAAGGCCAAAAGCUAAACGAGAAAAGCAUCGGGUUACGUUUUUGGUUGGCUGCUUCUUUGGAUGCUCGUUAGCACUUAUAGUAGCGAUCAUCUUAAGUAUACAUACUAGAGAUUUUCUCAAGAGUGAAGAACAAAUUCAGUACAUGAAUACCAUUUUUCCACUAUACAGCAUGUUUGGAUUUUUUGUGUUACAUAUGCUGAUGUAUGCUGGAAAUGUUUACUAUUGGACGCGUUAUCGAGUCAAUUACUCCUUUAUAUUUGGAUGCAAACCGGGUACAGAAUUGCGUUUCAAGGAAGUUCUACUCAUUAGUUCCAGUCUAUCAGUACUCAUUCUUGCGGCUAUACUUACAAACCUUGAAAUGGACCUUGAUCCGAACACUCAAACAUACAAAACAAUAACUGAAUUACUCCCUCUAGGCUUAGUCACUGCUGUGCUUUUGAUAGCAAUCUGUCCAUUUAAUAUUUUCUAUCGCUCAACCCGUUACUUCCUCAUGGCCUGUUUAUGGCGCUGUAUUUGUGCUCCUCUUUAUAUGGUCACUCUCCCUGAUUUUUUCUUGGCUGAUCAGUUUACUAGCCAGGUCCAGCUACUGAGGAGUUUGGAGUUCUAUGUAUGCUACUAUGGUUGGGGGGAUUUCAAAAAGAGGGAUGCACAAACUUGCAGUGAUAGCAGUAUCUAUAAAACCAUUUCCAUAUUUAUCGCUGUUAUCCCAUAUUGGAUUCGAUUUCUACAGUGUGUCCGACGCUACUAUGAAGGGAGUGAUUCGACACAAGCUCUGAAUGGACUAAAAUACUUCUCUACCAUUAUUGCUGUUGUUUCAAGGACAGUCUAUGAUCAAAGGAAAGGAACGACCUUAAAAAUCAUUGCUGCAUCUACCUCGGGAAUCGCAACAAUUUUUAGUACCUACUGGGAUCUAAUAAUGGAUUGGGGUCUGCUAAAUAGAAGCUCUGAAAAUCCAUGGUUAAGAGAUAAACUCAUUUUGCCUAACAGAUCUAUCUACUUCAUAGCAAUGAUAGUGAAUGUGAUACUGAGACUUGCCUGGAUGCAGACUGUACUAGAUUUCACUGAAGCCUCUUUCCUCCAUAGAAAUGCCCUAACUGCAAUAAUUGCGAGUUUGGAGAUUAUUCGGCGUGGCAUAUGGAACUUCUUCAGGUUGGAGAAUGAGCAUUUGAACAAUGUUGGAAAAUUUCGAGCAGUCAAGACGGUGCCAUUACCUUUUAGCUAUGAGGACGAAGACAAGGAUCUGUAAUUCAUUUCUACACAGAAAUUGUAAAGAAGCACAAGUUUUGUCUACAUUGUUUCAUAGCAAUAACUACGUACAUAAUUGAUACGGACCCUGCUACUGGAUUACACUGGAUUAGCCCAAAUUGGUUCAGGGAAGACCCAGCUAAAAGGAGGCUAAGGGAAAUUAGGACUUAGGAGAGGCAGCAUUCCGACUGCGAGAGAGUGGGGGGUAACCCACUGAACCGGGAUGGGUAAUUAAUUGUUCCUGCUAAAUAUAAGUUUAAGUAUUUUGAGUUCUUUGUUUGGUAGUCAAUGAAAGUUUUGUUUAUCGACUUAGGUUUCUUUACCUUUGUAAUAGGAGAUUAGCUUAUCUCGAAUCAGGCCAACUAUUUUGCUUGUUCUUUUUUCACUAUAAUCAGAUUUUCGGUUUCUAUCAA